ACGCGACGCAGAUCCGAGCGACGUUGGUCACGAGGCCCCGCCCUUUGGGCGCCGAGGGGCCGUGCCCGGAGCCGGGAGGCGGUUAGGGUCGUAGUCAUGGCCCUGGCGCCCGCCAAUCAGCCGGAGGUGAUCCGCGCCGCGCAGAAGGAUGAGUAUUACCGGGGCAGUCUGCGGAGCGCAGCCGGAGGCGCUCUGCACGGCCUGGCAGGUGCUAAGAAAUGGCUGGAGUGGAGGAAGGAAAUUGAGCUGCUGUCAGAUGUGGCAUACUUCACCCUCACCACGCUUUCAGGCUGCCAGACUCUCGGGGAAGAAUACGUGAACAUCAUCCAGGUGGACCCGUCCAAGAGGAGAGUCCCUUCCUGGCCGCGCCGAGCUGCGCUCGUGUCUUUGCACGCCCUCGUGCCCUACGCGCUGGAUAAGGCCUCAGUCCAUCUCGAGCACGAGCUGCAGGCAGGAGGCGGGAGUGCCCGGCACCCGCACAGCAGCCCGGCGCCCGGUGUCCGAGGGAGGUCGGCGGCGCGGCGGUGGCUUCACAGGCGGGUCUGCCACAUGACCGAGCCGCAGAAGACGACGCUGCUGCGCACACUGCACAUUCUGAAGCAGAGCGCCGCCUGCCUCCGCCGGCUGCACGUCGCUGUGUUCUACAUCGAUGGAAUCUUCUACCACCUGGCCAAAAGGCUCACCGGCAUUGAGUAUUGCCUGACCCUGCCGCCCUGGGGACUCUCUGAACUCCACAGCUCCACGUGCGCCACUUCCCCACGGAGGACCACAGUGUUCGCUGGAGCUACAGGCUUCUGGGGAUGGUGUCCUUGCUGCACCUCCUGCUCUCAGUGGGCAUCCAGAUCUACGGCUUCAGUCAGAGGCAGCGGGCACGGAAGGAGUGGAAGCUCCAUCGCAGCCUCUCCCACCGCAAGAGCCACAUGGAAGAGAAGGCUGUGGGCAGGGGCUCUGUGUGUACCCUGUGCCUGGAGGAGCGCCGGCGGACCACGGCCACCCCAUGUGGCCACCUCUUCUGCUGGGAGUGCAUCACUGAGUGGUGUAACACCAAGACAGAGUGUCCCCUCUGCAGAGAAAAGUUCCAUCCACAGAAACUGAUUUACCUGCGGCAUUAUCGCUAGUCCUAGCAAACCCAGCUCAAAGGGCAACAGAAGAAAAGGAAGAAACUCUCAAGAGAUCAUGUCUUUAUUAAUGGACCAAAAGCAGAGUUCAUUUUAAUUUAUCCAGAAUCAUGAUGGUGACUUCAUGUGCACUGAAAUUAUCAAGGUUAUUUCUGAAAUCACUGCAUAAGGUACUUUGUCCCCUGCUCAGCUAAUGGGAAAGGUGUGGUAGGAAGCUAGGCCUGACUUGAUAACUCUAACUCUGGGGUAUUAAGAUGUCCUUCCUAACCAAGCACAGGACCUCAAACAGGGAUGCAUGUCUACACUGGAACAUACACACAAAGGCAAGCUUGUUCGACUCAGAAA